GAUAUGCUUUGCAAAUGUAAUGAUCUACUCAUAUUAUCAUUUUAGUCUUACGUAAGAUAGACAUGUUUGGCCAACCAGUCUCCCUUAAAUUUAAUGGCCAUUCUAAGCAUUAGACUGAAGUAGGAGGCUUAGCUUCUAUUGCUACUAUAACAGUAGUAUUUCUCUUUUUCUCGUCAAACAUAAUCAGCUUUAUUAACAAAGGCGAAUUAUCAGCUAUAGUAGUGAAUAAUUUCGAAGAAAUUCCUUAAUUUAUAUCACUCUCUGGGGAAAGGACACUUGCAGUUGGCUUUAAUAAUAUUUCUUAGUCUACCUAUUUUAAUGUUACUUUACAAUAAAUGUAUUAUGCUUUUAAAUAUUAACUGAAGAACAAUUGAAAAUUAAAUCAUUACGAAUAAAACAUUAAUAACAAUUGGAAAAUGCAGACCUGAACAAUUUUAAAUAGCAAGUGCCGAUUCUCUUUAAACUUAUUAGACUGAUCACUUUUUAUGUUUGGAGUACAUAUUUAAGUAAUAAAAAUAGAUAAAAUUAAUAUUUGUACUUCGGAUAAAAUGAUUCUAGUAAAAUUUAUUUUAUAUAUUUUUAGAAAAAUAUGAAGUUCAUUUAAUUAUAUCAAAAUGUUAAAAUAAUUAAUCAUCUUGCAUCCCAGAUUAAAACUUAGAAGAUUAAAUAUUUAAUGUGUAAUUAAUAUUUCAGAAUUAAGUAUAAUUAAUAUAAUGAUAAGGUUGUAAAUCCUAUGGAAGUAUCGGAACAAUAUAUACAAACCUUUUUAGAUGAUACUUAUUCAAUUAAAUUUGUACCAAAUACAUUUUCGAAAGAACAAGAACUUCUUAUUACUUAAUAUGAUUUAAAUAAUGAUGAGAGUAUAAUUUAUGAAAAUGUUCAUCAGAGUCAGGCUUAUGCAGUAGAUUCUAGAGACUCUAAAUAAGUAGUUAAUAUUGAUAAUGAUGUUUAUGCAUCAUUCAUAUUCAAAAAAAACAAACUCAAAUAUACUGUCAAUCGAUCAUACCAAAAAAUUACUGAUCUUCUUGCUCGUUUAGGAGGUUUUUUAAAAAUUUCAUUCUUUAUUCUAGGAUUUGUGAUUUAGAUUUAUAAUCGAUUAUAAUGUAAAUUUAUAACAUGAUUAAUUAGUAUAUCUCAUUUUAGCAAAUAAAAUCUAUGAAUUUUCAUUUGAUACCAUAAAAUAAAGAGAAUAUUAGGAAUAAUAAUUUGAAGCUUUGAAUUCUGCAAUUUAAUGUAAAAUGUCAAAAACUAAUAUUUUAAACAUUAAUGAAGAAGGAAGUUAAUAGAAAUUGCCAAUUAGUCGUAUUCUAUAGAAAAAUAACUCAAUUAAAUCAAAAUAGAACUCAUUUUCUAUGUUACCCUUCUCAAGUUAAAACCUACCUUUAUUUAUUAAUGAUACAAAUAAAAAAUAAAUUGUAACUGAAGAGGAAUGUAUUAUUUCAGCAAAUUUAAUUGAUCAUCAUAUACAAUUGGCUAAAAAAUUUAAUUGUUCAUGUGGUUUGGAUUAUUUCCAAAAAUAAAUUACUAAAAUAAUAAAUAGAUCACAACCUCUAAAUUUAACAAUAAGAAUAUUCUUAAAUCAUUUAUUUUGUUCUAAAUUAUUCCGUUCGAAUAUCCAUGUAAAAUUAUAUAGAAAAUCUAUGAAAGAAAUAUCAAAUCAUUUGGAUGUCUAUUAUAUACUAUAGAAAUUGGAAGAAUUAAAUAAACUUAAGAGUAUUUUACUUAGUAAUUAAUAACUCUUAGUUUUUAAUUUUACUCCUAAAUAAAUGAUAGCUCCAGAUAAAAAUGAAUUAAAAUUUAACAGAAACUUCUUAGAAGAAAAAGCAAGAAUAAGACACACUACACUAUUAAGCGAACCUUAAAAUACUCCUACAAAAAUUCUUUAACCAAAGAAGAGAGCUAGUGAGGAAAAUGAGAAUAUCAUUUAUUAAAGGAUUUAUAAUGCAUAUGAUGAUAUAUUAAAAUAGUAUGAAGGUGAAAACCCAAAAUAAGAACAUGAUAUUAAUAAAUAAUUAAUUGAAAAACUAGGUGCUGAACUAAAGUCUAUCUUUAGAGCAUCAAAAAUUAUAGAUUUCUCUUAGCUUUAAUCAUCUAAAUAAUCGAGAAAAUCAAAUAGAAGACAUGCAUAAUUUGAUAAUGAAAUUUAAGUAACUAAAAUGAUGUAGUAGUUUUAUUAAUAAUGAAUUUUGAGUCUUAAAUAAAUUAAAAUAUUAAACAAUUUUUCAAUUAAUUCAGUUAAAUUAAUAUUUAUGGAAAAACAAUUACCAUAAUAUUUUUGGCACUUUUAACUAUUGAGUUUUUCAGAAUACAGAAUAUAAGGAAUAAUGGUUAGAAAAAUAAGAAUAAAUUACGAAUCGUCCUACUAAAAAACAUGUCGAAAAUGGAAAAGUUGAAUCUCUUGUUUAAUAUUGCACAAGGUGAUCUUACAAAGGGGACAUUUAAUAAAUUCAAUAAGCUAUAUUCAAUUAGUUUAAUGAAUGAAUAAAAGGAAUCGGUAUGCAAUAUCCUUUGGGAGAAUCCAAAGAAAGAUUAUUGCAGCUUUUAACAAGUAUAAAAUAUGGGUCCAUUGCUAUUUAAUAUUUUUGACAAAAAAAUUAGUGAAAUGAGUGAUUUUUGGAGAACUCAUAUAAUUCCAAGCAAAUUAAAAUAUGGGAUUUUGAGUUAUUUAGCUUUUAAUUUUAUUAUUCCUUAACUAUCAUCUUCUGGAGCUUUUGAGAUAUUUAUUAAUGAUUAGUUAAUACAUUCUAAAACCAAUAGUGGUUAAAUGCCAUCUAUAGAUACAUUAUUUAGAUUAUGAUAAAAUAAGAGAGGU